AACUGUAUGUUGGUAUUAUUGCUCGUUCUUCACGAAAUGCACGCAUUGGGACGCUCGGAUUUAGAAUGUUCUUUGAAAAUCUACGUUGAAUUAAAUGAAACUUCGUUAGUGAAUGUUAAGUUUUGUGGUCACUGUGUUCAAAAGUUACAUUUAAGUUAUUGUACAGUGUGUAUUAGUGACUGUUUUGGUUGACCAACAAAGUUAAGAGUAGUGCGUCGAAAGUUGAAACAUGGUGCCGCUAGGACCCGGGCCAGGCCAUCCUACCGCACACCAAACACACGGCGGGCCAUCAACUAAUCUAUCCGGUCCAAAUUCGCUAUCACAAAGUUCCUCGCAGUCAAAUAAGUCUUCAGUAGCGAAGCCGAAUUACACACUUAAAUUUACUUUAGCUGGACACACAAAGGCGGUGUCGUCUGUAAAAUUUAGUCCCAAUGGCGAAUGGCUGGCAAGCUCCUCUGCUGACAAACUCAUUAAAGUGUGGGGAGCCUAUGAUGGCAAAUUUGAGAAGACAAUAUCUGGACAUAAAAUGGGCAUUAGUGAUGUAGCAUGGUCAUCAGACAGCAGGUUGAUUGUCAGUGCCAGUGAUGAUAAAACUUUAAAGGUCUGGGAACUGAGUUCAGGAAAAUGUUUGAAAACAUUAAAAGGACACAGCAAUUAUGUAUUUUGUUGUAAUUUCAAUCCACAAAGUAAUCUUAUUGUUUCUGGAAGUUUUGACGAAAGUGUGAGAAUAUGGGAUGUAAGAACAGGUAAAUGUUUAAAGACGUUACCGGCGCAUUCAGAUCCAGUCUCAGCGGUGCAUUUCAAUAGAGACGGAAGCCUUAUUGUCUCGUCAAGUUAUGAUGGUUUAUGUCGAAUCUGGGAUACGGCGUCCGGUCAGUGCCUUAAAACUCUAAUAGACGACGACAAUCCGCCAGUUUCAUUUGUAAAGUUUUCACCCAACGGUAAAUACAUUUUGGCAGCAACACUCGAUAACACACUGAAGCUCUGGGAUUACAGCAGAGGGAAAUGUUUGAAAACAUACACAGGCCACAAGAAUGAAAAGUACUGUAUUUUUGCAAACUUCAGUGUUACUGGUGGAAAGUGGAUAGUAUCAGGAUCAGAAGACAACCUGGUGUACAUAUGGAACCUGCAGUCCAAAGAAAUAGUUCAGCGGCUGUCGGGACACACCGACACAGUGCUGUGCACGGCGUGCCAUCCCACCGAGAACAUCAUCGCAUCGGCUGCGCUAGAAAAUGACAAAACCAUAAAGCUUUGGAAGAGCGACACGUAAUUUUUAAAUUG